ACUUUCACAGGCCACCAAACCUCGCGAAAGUCAAAAUGGUAGCACUGUCUUGUGUAGCCUCUUUUCAAAAUAAGCCUCUUCAUCAAAAGGCUAGGCCACAAGAUCAGAAGCAAGUGACAGCGCAAAUAAAGAGAAAAUUCGAAGUUUGCUGAUAAAACAAACCAUGGUGAUAAAGUUUACAAAAUCUUUGUGCUCCACUCAUUGCAAAAAUCUCCUUUGCCUGCCAUUCAUUGAAAGAUCAAAACUUGCAAAGACAUUCUCCCGUCUCUUUAUGACGUCUUCCCAAGACUUUGGGCGAACAGUAUGGUCGUAUACAAAAGAGAAACAAAAUCUUCCAAAAACCUGGAUCCCGCGUUAUCUUCUUGAUGGAAGAAUCACACGAGGCCAGAGAAAAGGUGGGCGUGGUCUUGAUGGAAGGAUUGAAAUUAGGCACAAAGGAGGCGGUCACGCUCGCAAUUACAGAUUAGUAGACUUUUUGCGGGUCCCUCUUGCAGAGGAACCCAUGACUGUUGCGGAUAAAGUGCUUGCCAUAGCUUAUGACCCCAACAGAAGUGCACGUAUUGCCAAAGUUGCCGGUAGUUUAUCGCACAAAUACAGGCUGAUUAUAGCAACAGAAGAUAUGCAAGCGGGUGACAUCGUAACAGCCUCACGUGGAAAGCCAAAGUCUCUAGCUAAGCUUGCCCCAGGAGAUGCGUACCCCCUUUCUACUUUACCGUUGGGUACUAUGGUGUGCUUGGUAGAAAAGGAAGUCGGCGGGGGUGCGUACUAUGCCAGAGCAGCCGGCACCUAUGCAACUUUAGUGCGAAGGGUCGAAGACCAGGCAGUGAUAAAAACAAACUCAAAAGAAGAAUACGUUGUUCCAAGUGAAUCAUUGGCUGUUAUUGGGCGUGUCUCGAACAUGAAUCAUAGAAACAGAGUAAUCGGAAAAGCAGGAAGAAGUCGAUGGCUAAACAGACGCCCGAAAGGACAAACAGGAAUCGCUAGAUGGCUCAAUAAGAAGAAGAGAAGAUGAUGAAACCCUUAUUUUAUAAUCAUUCUUAUGUAUGCUUUAUAUUUCGUGAUGAAUGUCUGUAUGAUGUUGA